AUGGUCUCUCGCCGUCUAAGUGCCCUGUUCGAUGAGCAACGCAACAAUCAGAGAAAGAAGAAAAUAGAGAGAGAGCAUCAAUUAAACGAUGCUCUGGUCCCGCUGCCAUCUGUCAGGCCGCGCGCCUUGACCAUUCCAUUCUCCCAGGAAGCUCAACCCCCGCCCCAGGGCAAGCGACAACAGCGACCACAACGGACCGAAGAACAGGGACAGUCGUUAUUCUUCACGAUGUUGCCACCAGAAAUCCGUACCAAGAUCUAUAUGAUGGUCCUUGGGGGUCAUCUCUUGAAGAUCCUGAAGGAUGACCGGGCACGCUACGUCAAAUGGAUCGCACAAGAGAGAUCACUAUUGAAUUUGCCAAAGACUUGUCGCAGAAUAUAUUCGGAGUGCAUUGACCUCCUGUACAGCCAUAACACGUUCUUCUUCAACGACUUCGACACAAUCCUCUGGUUCGCAUCGACCGUCCUGCCACAACGUCUGGCCGUUGUCCGCAGCCUCCACGUCGAGUGGGAUUGCGUUUGCUUCUGGCUGCCUCAUCUACAGCCUCCACCGCCAUUUGAUAAAGCGACCUGGUUCGAAGUCUGGAAGGUUAUCCGGUCCAUGCGCGGUCUCCGGGAACUCACGGUGCGGAUCUGGAAUGGUCCCAAGAUGGAUGCCCGCACGGAAAUCGAUGUCUUCCAGCCUCUAACCGAGGUCCGGGGGCUCAAGCGGUUCGAGUUGGAACUGCCAUGGCGGUAUCAAGGCGAUGGGGAUGAAGGACACGAGAAUGCACCGUUUCGGAUCCGACGCGUUCAUCGGAAGUGGGAUCCUACACCAUUUUGA